AUUUGGAUUGGGGUGUGGGCGGAAGCGGAAGCAGGGAGAUGGGUGCUAAAACGGGUAGCGGGGGGGAUGGCCUGGCUAGCAGUGGUGGGGGGAUGGGUGGUGGGGGGAUGGGUGAUGGGGGGAUGGGUGGUGGGGGGAUGGGUCACGUUGGUGGGGUGGAGAGGACUGCAGGGGCUGCUCUGGUGAAGGUGCAGGGCGAUGGGAAGUGCGCUUUUAUGGCAGCUUUUGAGCAGCGGUUGCAGGCAGAAUUUCAAGCAAUGAGAAGCAGUGGCGGAGGGGUGGGGAUGCAGGGGAAGGUGCGGUUGCAGGGGAGGGUGGGACAUGUGGUGGGUGAAGGGACAGAGAGGAUAAAGAUGGAUGUGUAUAGGCACAGUGUGGGUGCAGAGAGGGGUGUGAUUGUAGGGAGGGGCAAGGAGGAGGGGAGGGGCGAGCAAAUGAAAGGGGAGCAGCAGGCAGGUAGUGCAUCCCACAGGAAGGAUGAGUGGCGGGAGGCUUUUGAGAAUUCUCAAAAGGGGAAGGGCGAGCAAAUGAAAGGGGGGCAACAGGCAGGUACUGUAACCCACAGGAAGGAUGAGUGGCGGGAGGAUUGGGUGAGGAGGAAGAUGAGAGAGACACAGAUGGAGAUGGAGAGGGAGAGAGAGCGAGAGAGGGAGCGAGAGAGGGAGAGGGAGAGGGAGCGGAAGAAGAGGAGAGAGAGGAGAGGUGAGGAGAAGGGAAAGCACAGGCGGAAGGAGAAGAAGCGAAGCAAGAGUAGGCGGUUUACAGAAUGGUCAUCUGAUGAGUGGAUGGGAGCAGAUGAGAGCGAAGGAAGGGAAGAGGAAGGGGGAGCUGGUGAAGAUGUAACUGGUGCAGGUGUAACUGGUGCAGGUGUAUUUGGUACAAGAGAGGGAGACUGGGAGGGGAAGAGAGAGCAUGAGAGAGAGCAGGAGGAGGGGAGUGAGAGUGAUUCAAGGGGAGAGAGUAGGGGGAGGAAGAAAUGGAAGAAGAAAAAGAAGAGAAGGAAGGGCAAUGGGGAAGAGGGGGGUGGUAGUGGGAGCGAAGAAAGAGAAAGAGACAAAGAGGAGAAGGGCGAAGCCAGCUGGCGCGUUCCUAUUGGCACAGAGCGCCAGCUCAUGCGAUACCUUCAGAAAGCUUCAGCUGGUUCAAUCCACGGUUCAGAAGCUGGUGCUGGUGCUGCUUCUGCUGCUGCUACUGCUGCUGCUGCGUCGAGAAAGUCGAAGUCGUCUGAAUCAGUUCCGGUCCCACAUGCAGCUGCAGGGAGGCUAAAGAAGAAAAAACCUGCUGGUGUACAUUCAGUUGCAGCGAGGACAGAGAGGCAGCUUAUUCUAGCUACCAGGCAGGCGGAGGAACAACCAGGUGCGCUGCUGGGUCAAGGGCGUGGGGAGGAGGAUGAGGUGGAGAGGGAGGAGAAAGAGGAGGAGCGGGAGGAGGUAGAUUAUGCCAAGACGGGGGAGAAAGAUUUGAAGCAAGAAGGAGAUGAUUUUGAGAGAGGGCAGGAAAGUAUGGUUUCUUCUGUACUCGGUGAUGGUCAUGGGGAGGGUGCGGGGAUGCAUUGGGGAACGGAGGGCGAAGAGGAAGAGGAGGAGAGGAGGAAAAUGCAGAAGAAACGGAAGCAAGAGGAGGGGCUUUGGGAAGAAAGACAGGAGAGGAAGGAGAGGAGGGAGCAGGAGAGGAGGGAGAAGAGGGAGAGGAAAGAGAAGAGGGAGAAGAGGGAGAAGAAAGAGAAGGAGAAGAAGGAAAGGGAGAGGAAGAGGAGGGAGAGACCGUCGUGUGCGCGUGUGGAAUGGGGCGGGUGGGAAUGGAGAGAACACGUGAAGCAAGCAGCACAGCGAGAGGCUCUAAAGCAGCGAGCUGAGGCGUACUAUAGAGGGGAUAGAGGCGAGGGCGCAGGGGAAUGGGAAGCAGACGGCACAGGGCCGGGCGCAGGAGCGUCCAUGCGCACUCCUCGCCUGCUCUCCCGGGCUAACCUCUCCCAAGCUAGUCUUUCCAGAGGAUCCGGCAGCAGGGCACAGAGGGAGGGUUCUCUCGCCCUGCUUGCUUCUGCUGGGAGUGCUGGCCUCACUUUAAUUGGGAGUGCAAGGAGCAGCAGGGCGCUGCUGAGGCAGCUAGCGGUGGGUUCAGAGGGGUUGGAAGGGGUGAGGUUCAAGCAGCUGAAGGGGAGGAAGAAGAAUCUGAAGCUGGUGCGGAGCCGGAUACACGGGUGGGGGCUGCUGUCCCUGGAACGGAUCGAAGCGGGAGACUUCAUUAUCGAGUAUACGGGCACCAUCAUCCGGCGAUCGGUGUCGGAGCUACGAGAGAGAAUGUACGAGGCAGACAGCAUUGGCAGCAGCUAUCUGUUUCGAGUGGACGAGGAUGUGGUGGUGGAUGCCACUCGCAGCGGCGGCCUCGCUCGAUUCAUCAACCACUCAUGUGAUCCCAACUGUUACACCAAGGUGAUAGUGGCAGACGGGCAGAAGCACGUGGUGAUCUACUCCAAGAGGGUCAUUCAAGCGGGGGAGGAGCUCAGCUAUGACUACAAGUUCCCCAUUGAAGAUGACGCAAAAAUCCCCUGCCUCUGCCUCUCUAAGAAGUGCCGAGGCUACCUCAACUGA